GUGCAGUUGUCCUUCGCUUAUUCUUAUUUUUUAAACUCACACUGUUCCAGCCAGUGUAAGGGAUAAACUAUACUGGAGAAGGCAGGAGCCGAAGUGUUGAGGGACUUGAAAUGGCCAUAUUGCAUCAUCAGCAGCCACCCAUCAAUGGAUUUCUUCACUACCCACUUCAGAUUUCGCCAGUUCAGAGACGAGGGCAAUGGCGGGUUCAGAGGAACUUGUCCCUUCUAGCACACUCAUCAGCUCCUUCAAGGACCCAAAGGAUAAUGGAGAGCAUUUCAGUAGAUGGAGAAGUUGGUGGUGCUGGAGGUGCAUACUCAUAUAAUGCUUUGAAAAGGUUGGACCAAUUGUGGUCUAGUGUAUGCUGUUCUCAAACCGUUAUGCAGGAGCCCCAAAAAGUUGUUUCAAGUAUCCCUGGUUUGUUUAGACAUUCUGAUCAGGCUCACAAAGCAGUUGAUACAUUUGAUGUGUUGAUUUGUGGAGGUACUUUGGGAAUCUUCAUUGCAACAGCAUUGAGUUCCAAAGGUCUCCGAGUAGGCAUCGUCGAAAGGAAUAUACUAAAAGGGAGGGAACAAGAGUGGAAUAUCUCAAGGAAAGAGCUUUUGGAACUUGUAAAAGUUGGUAUACUAGUGGAAGAUGACAUAGAACAAGCUACAGCUGUGAAAUUUAAUCCUAACAGGUGUGGAUUUGAGGGGAAGGGCGAGAUUUGGGUUGAAGACAUUCUUAAUCUUGGUGUUUCACCUGUAAAGCUUAUAGAGGUGAUGAAGAAACGCUUCAAUUUGCUCGGUGGAGUUAUCUUUGAAGGUUGCAGCGUGUCUGGCAUAGUCGUAUACGAGGAUGCAGCGGUUUUGCAGCUAGCCGAGGGUCACAUUUUGUCAUCACGUCUUGUCAUUGACGCAAUGGGAAACUUUUCCCCAGUAGUUAAACAGAUAAGAUGCGGAAGGAAGCCAGAUGGUGUCUGCCUCGUUGUGGGUUCUUGUGCUCGAGGUUUUAAGGACAACUCUGCAAGUGAUAUCAUUUAUAGCAGUUCAUCAGUGAAGAAGGUUGGAGAGACAGAAGUACAAUAUUUUUGGGAGGCAUUUCCCGCUGGUUCUGGCCCUGUGGACCGGACUACUUACAUGUUCACUUACGUUGAUCCUAAACCAGGAUGCCCAAAGUUGGAAGAUUUAUUAGAAGACUACUGGGAUCUGAUGCCAAAGUAUCAGGGAGUCUCUAUCAAUGAUCUAGAGAUGUUGAGGGUUAUCUAUGGCAUUUUUCCUACAUAUCGUGACAGCCCAUUGCCAGCAGCAUUUAAUCGUGUUUUACAGUUCGGUGAUGCUAGUGGCAUACAAUCACCAGUUUCAUUUGGUGGUUUUGGGAGCUUGACUAGGCACCUUGAGAGAUUAUCCACUGGAAUAUAUGAAGCAAUUAGCGAAGAUCUUCUCGACUCACAGAGCCUGUCCCUGCUUAAUCCUUACAUGCCCAACAUAAGUGCAUCAUGGUUGUUUCAAAGAGCAAUGUCAGCAAAGGAACAGUCUAAUGUUCCAUCAGAUUUCAUUAACGAGCUUCUCUAUAUCAAUUUCCAGACUAUGCAGAGACUAGGGGAUCCAGUUCUACAACCAUUUCUUCAGGAUGUUAUACAGUUUGGGCCUCUUUCCAAGACACUAGGGCUGGUUAUGCUGACUAAGCCGCAAAUUCUUCCAUCAAUAUUCAAGCAGGUUGGCAUUCCUGUGCUUCUUGACUGGUCUGGACAUUUUCUCAUGCUUGGCUACUACACAUUUCUCUCAACCUUCAUUGACCCUCUGAUCAGGUCAUUGAUAAAUGCAUUUCCAGCCAAGAUGAAGUAUGAUUGGAAGCGGAAUCUUGAUGCCUGGAAAUAUGGAUCUGGUUUAGACUACAAACACGGAGCACAAGGAAACAAGACACAUCAUUAAACAGCUGAAACGAGUGCUCAUAGGAAGAGCAGAUGCUGAGAUAGUACUUACUAGUAUAUCCUGGAAAUGUUAUGAAAAAGGAAAAAUUUAAGCACUGCCUUAAACCUGAAAAUAAAAGUGUUUUAUUGAUAAAUUUUUACACUUGCUUGAGAAUAAUGUCAAUUGCAUCCCAUUCUUUUCUUAGAA